AUGGGUUGGGUCACAAAACAAUUUCUAAACCCAAAGAGGAAAAGAUCCUCAGACCCUGGAGAUGAAAUGCAGAAGAGGCUGUGUCUUGAGAGCGUUUCCUUUGCUGAAGAUGGCUUCAGUCGCUUCGAGGAGAAGCUGAAGGUUCUGUUUGAAGAUGGCUUCAAUAAGUUGCUAUGCAAGCAGCAUCAAGGCGUCCGGACCCCGAACCUGUGGAACCUGAUGCGCCUAAUGAGAAGAACGAGCCGUCUGCUGAAGAUGGUGGAGCCGAGGAGAAGGCUGCCAAGGAUGCCACUCCUAGGAAGGAUGCUACAGCCUCGGAGAAGGAUGCCACUCCCAAGAAGGACAGCCUCGGAACCGUUUCAGACGCCUCAGCUGAAGGACGAAGUGUCCGGUGAAGAGGAGGAGGAGGCUGCAUCCGAGGAGAAGGUUGCCGAUAACUCCACCGAGAAGGCUGCCACUCCUAAGAAGAAAAAAGCUCCAGCUCGGGUUAGUAACAACCCAUCUCCCAAAUCUUCAUCUAGGAAGAAAAACCAGCCUGCUGAACCUACUAGGAUCCUUCAAAAUAGGAGGCAGAACCCCAAGUACAAGCAGUAG